AUCAAAGAUGUCUGGGCUGUCAGAGACGGAGCGGCUCGGCUGCACAGAGAUUUUGAAGCUCCUGUCAAACAGCGACCUGCUGUCACUCAGUGACACGGUGACCAAUAAGGUGAUAGUUGUGGAGAAUAGCUCAGAAGCCACGGAAACGAUCCUGAUCUUCAGUAAAAAUGCAGAAGAGCUCCUGAGAAGGAAGAAAGUUCAACGGGACCUAAUUUUUAGGUAUCUGGCCAAACAGGGGGUGGCGAUGGCCCCCAUCAGUGACAAACACCAGCUGGUGAAGAGGACGCUGGAGCUUUGGAAGGCCGUGGUUGAUAAAAGACCUCAAGGACUGAAAGAUGGGACCAGAGAGAAAGAGCCCUCCGAGACAACAUCUGAUACCCUAAACAUGAAGGUGACGGUGGGUUUUGACCCUCAGCUCCUGGGCCAGCAGUUCUGCCAGUGGUUCUUCCAGCUCCUGAACAGCCAGAACCCCUCACUGGGCCAGUCGCCUCAGGACUGGGGGCCGCAGCACUUCUGGCCAGAUGUGAAGCUGCGUCUCCUCGCUAGCGCGGGCAGUGUACAGAUUGAGGAAUUCCUGGGAGCUGAACUGGUUAGCCUCCGCCUCCUAGCCUUGACCAAGGAAGAGCGCCUUCUCCUCAACCCCAACCUGGAGCCCCUUGGCCUCAGGACACUUGCCUCCCCCCAUGGCAUGGUGCUGGUGGCCGUGGCCGGGACCAUCCACAGAGAUUCAGCCUGCCUGGGCAUCUUCGAGCAAAUAUUUGGCCUCAUCCGCAUCCCGCUGGAAAAUAACAGCUGGAAGAUCAAGUUUAUCAACCUGAAAAUCCGAGGGCAGGAAGCUCUGGGCGGGACAGAGGCCACAGCGCCUGCUUUGACUUACAACUCCACUGAACUGCAGCUUCUCUGCAGUUGAUGAAGCUCUUACUCCUCACUUGUCUAAAUGCCCAAACACAGACAACCAAGCUGUUGUUUGCAGAGACUUAAACACGCUACUGGUAGAAACGGCUUUCUUCACUUAUAUUUACCACUCCAGUCAGGUUGUACAUGUACAGGUAGGUACAGGUGGACACUGAUGCACAUAGAAACAUUUUUACCUUAAAUAUACUGCACCUUGAUGCAAAGCGUAUUGUGCUUUGUUGGCCUGUGGCUCUCAUUGAACUAUGUUCUUUGAUUUUGUUUCCCACUUUUAAAAUUCCUUUUUCAUUUAUCUUCACAGUUCCACAGACAGAAUGGUUUUCCUCUUCAUCGCGCCCUGUUAGAAUAAUCAUUAUAAUUGUCACCAAUAUGAUGAAUGUGAUUUGAGCAUUGCAUGUUGGUAAAUCACUGUUAUGUUUUGGUAUUGCCAUUAUUGCAGGGGAAUUAUUGUGAUUACAUUGCAGUAAUGUCUGUAUCAGUAUGCAGCAGCUUUUUACAUUUUAAUGGCACGGUUAACAGCUGUGGGGGAAAUGUUUGGUCUGUUACUUCUGCCUAGAGGGUUAUUCUUUUGUUCAUGUUUGUUCGUUAGGAGGAUUAAUCAAAAGAUAUAUUAUUUUCUUACUUUGUGAGAUGGAGCAUUUUGCAAUAUUUUCAUUAAUUUCUCAGCGAACGCUUCAUAGAACCAAUAUGAAAGAUUUGGAAAACGUAUAUUUAUGAGCUUUUUAAUUCGAUGCAGAUCCAAAUACAAAGCCGGACCUUGUGAAUUUAUAUGUGGUUCCAUAAGGGGACAGUUGGGCCUUGGCAGAAAGACGCAUUCUACAGAGUGGGUCAAAGUGUAAUUGGCCACAAAUUGUAAAUGUGCCUUAGAACAGAAUUAGCAUUACUUUGAAUUCCAUUACUUAUGAAUGCAGUGGAGUCUUAUGGCUCCUCACAGUUCAACUGAUGCUCUCGUUGAAGCUCCUGAAGAUAUUCACGAUCAUCAAGAAGAACAGAUCACUUAUUCUUCACCAGGUUCGAAACGAGCUCAAAGCUUUUGCAAAGAUCCAACAUUUGUUGCACUGUGUUGAUGUAAUUUUUUAUGGUUUCUAAAGUCACAAUAUAUGAACUGUCUGGUUGCAUUAGGUCAUGAUCACAGGGUCCUCUUGAGCAGGAGCUCAGUCGCUGUCAGUGGUUUCAGAAUGUAAGAAUAGAUAAGGACGUAGGUUUUUAAGGUCAAAUCUGAUAGCUGCGAUUUUGUCUGUCGUCAGUAUUCAUAUAUUUGAUCAUUUCCAUACUCCUCAGACUGUUUUGAUUACGAGUGUAAUUAUAGACUGGCAGCCUCUAAUACCAGAUUCAAAUAAUUUCAGACAUCUUAUAUAAAAAUAAACGCAUUCAGUAGCUGGGGUUCCGAAGAAAAUGAACAUUAUAUCAGACUUGACAAUCGGAUUUUCAUUAUUUUUUGGAAUCGCAAAAAUCCUAUAUGACGUGCACACCACACGUGCGUGUCCAACUCCAGGGGUUUGGGGUUUUACUGGUAAGAGGCAGGUCUUCUCUCCCCAGUGCAUUCCUGAGAGCUCAGUGCAAAUCAGGAGGUCCACCCCCCCGUUAGGCUGAUACGGGGAAAUAAGAUUCAGGGGAGGAGCCAGCCUCUCCAUCAUUAACCUCAGCUUAAUGGAAAAAGAUGAGCACCGACCAAUGAGAAGCCUUGACUGACUCCUUUUAGUUUCGAAAAAUAAAAGCAUUCCAAAAGCA